AAAUAAAAUUAUUUGGCGCGAAUUUAUUUAUUUAUUUAAUUAAAUUGGUUACCAAGUUUUGUGAUGACAGAAACGUUCAAGUACGUUACAAGGAUCGUUUUAGUGACAAUAUUUUAUUACACUCUGAUAUGCGUGUUCAAAGAAAUCAAGCGGUACUGGCCUGGAAUUGAAUCGACAAACACUAAUUGACAUUGGAUUGCUGGUUUAUUUCUGUAAGCAGAUAAUUGGUACAAAAUGGCGGAUGACAUAAUGAAUUUUACAGACGAAGUCAGCGCAACGGUGGAGCCCAGUGAACUAUCCAAGUUUUCUCCAGGACUGCUGACGUUCGCUGCAGUGGUGACAGGAACCAUUAUGCUGGUCGGAUUGUUUGGCAACCUUCUCACAGUGGUCGCCUUACUCAAGUGCCCUAAAGUGAGGAACGUGGCUGCUGCUUUUAUUAUAAGUCUGUGCAUAGCCGAUUUCCUGUUCUGCGCCAUCGUGCUCCCUUUCGCCAUAUCAGGGUUCUGGACGCGGACCUGGUCCCAUGGGGGGGCCCUGUGCCAGCUGGUCCCGUUCCUAAGGUACGGGAACGUCGGCGUCUCUCUCCUGAGCAUCGCCCUCAUAACCUUGAACAGGUACAUAAUGAUAGCGCACCACAGCUGGUAUUCGCGCGUGUACCGCAAACACAACAUAGCUAUCAUGAUCGUGUUCUCGUGGAUGUUCUCGUACGGCAUGCAGAUACCCACCCUUGUUGGAGUAUGGGGUAAAUUCGACUACGAUCCUGAGUUGGGGACUUGCUCAAUAAUGCCGGAUGAGAAUGGACGGUCAGCUAAGACAGCACUCUUCGUCAUUGCGUUCAUUGUACCAGCUCUUCUUAUUUUCAUAUGCUACGCCAGAAUAUUCUGGGUGGUGCACAGUUCAGAACAACGUAUGCGGGAACACCAAAGGUCCCAGCACACAAGUCCUGGUACCCUGAACAACAGCACUGACAAGAGGUCUACAAUCAAAGACAAUAGAGAGACGAAGGCGAGACGCAACGAGUGGAGGAUCACUAAGAUGGUGCUGGCCAUCUUUCUUUCUUUCCUAGUUUGCUACUUGCCCAUUACAAUCGCGAAAGUGGCUGAUAAUCAUGUGCAUUACCCUGUAUUCCACAUCACGGGCUACCUUCUGCUGUACGCGAGCGCAUGCGUAAACCCGAUCAUCUACGUGAUAAUGAACGCUCAGUACCGCGCCGCAUACGCAGCGGCGCUGUGCUGCCCCCUGGCGCGACUCUCAGGCCUCACCAGCGAAAUGGAACGAGCGUCACGGGUACAGCUACAACAACACACAAACGGCGCUCAGCCAAGUGUCACUGGGGGAGUCGAGAGCCGACCCUCGGGCCACCCUGGCGCCUGCCGGCCCUGGCGGAAGGUAGACCCCAGGUCCCCCGACUCUCAUAGCACUGGCCCUCAAGGCAUCGGACCAGUCACUGAGAGCGUCAGCUUUGGGCCCAAAAUUGGAAAAAGACUUUCUGGACAAAAACUUGGUUCACAACAAAGUAUUGCCAACAAAUCGGAGAAUCGUCCUCAACUAAUGGGAUCACAACACAGCAUUGGUUCAAAGUCUACUGGACAUCCAAUCAGAUCCUUAACGACGGGAUCCCAACUAAGUUUAGGGCCCAAAGUCACUCGAUUCCAAAUUGAAGAUAUACGAAGUGAUAUACAAACCAAUGUAUAGCGACUUGUCGCUCAUUCAUAUGACAUACCAAAGAUAUUGCAAGACUAAUACCAAAUAUUCCAUGCAUUUUCAUGAAUUUAUAGUUAUCGCAUGUACAAUAAUUAUCAUAUCGUUAGUACCUAAUAUAAUAAAUAUUUUACUUAAAUUAAACUUCAGGUAUUACGAUAGUACCCGUAACUAAUCAAGUUUCCCUUAAAAUAAAAAAUGUUUUAAAGACAUUGUUGAUAUUUAAUUUAAGCGCAUAGACGCACCUACGCUCUCUUUUAUUUUUAUUUAUUAAAUAAUUACCAUGCACUUAAUCUCAAUAUCCGUCCUAUAAUGAGCGACAAGUAAGCGAUUAUCGACAUAAUAUUGUUAUGUAAAUAAGGUGAUUCUUAGUAAAUAAGUAUUGUUUUAUUCAGGCUUCUGUCUUCCAAAAUACUCUGCUAAGAAAUGUUAUAAUUAAGUUACUGUAUCUACUUUACACUUCAAUUGGUUGUAAUUUAGGUAGGUACCUACGUUAAUUAAUAAAUGUUGUGUACUAGCCACAUAAUACUGUAUGUACCUACCUUGUAUAGUCUGUUGGAUGAUAACAAGUAUACCUAAAAAAAUUCAAUUCGUUUUAUAUUUGUAUCGUUAUCAGUAGAAAUCACAGAGAGAAAAAUAAUGAAGUAGGUACAGAUUUAUCAAUCCCACACCACAUUCCGUUAAUUUUAAGUAGACUAUGAUGAAUAUGUUAUGUUUUCUAAAUAACUAUGAUAUGACAUUAAGCACAUUUUUUUUAGCUAGAGAACAUUCCAUGUAUUUUUGCGGCCAAAGAUGUAUAAAGUUUUAAAUAUUAUGUAAAAUAUUUUUAUCUCAUGACCAAAUUUUACCACAUACCUAAUGACUAAAUUUAGAUUUAAGAAUAAACAGUAUUUUGUAUGAAAUAAUUAGUCAUACUCAACUAUAUAAUUUACCAAUAUGCCAUAUUAUGAUAAGGACCUUGAAAAUAUUUGUAAUAAAUUAUUGUGUAAAUAACUAGUUUAUUCGUUAUUUAUUAUUUUGUUAUUAUGAUCCAUAAUGUAUGACUUCAAAAUAAUAUCAAAGGUUGUUGGAAAAAUAUAGGUAUUUU